AUGGACUCCCUCCUCCAGCUGCUCUUCUCUCCUCUUCCUCUCCCGCUCAUCUUCUCCUUCUUUGCUCUGGCGGCCGCCACCUUGUUUUACCUGAACACACGGCCGAACCCCCUCCGCUGCCCCAUCGACCUCAACAGUCAAUCUCUGGGCAUCAAGGAUGGAGCGAGGAAGACGGCGUUGCUGGAGGACGACAACAACCUGAUGUCGUUUUACCACGAUGACGCCACGACCAUCUAUGAGGCCUUCCAGAGGGGUCUGAGGGUCUCAGGAAAUGGACCGUGUUUGGGCUACAGGAAAACAGGAAGGCCGUACCAGUGGCUGAUGUACAAGCAGGUUUCUGACAGAGCGGAGCACCUGGGGUCAGGGCUUCUUCACAAGGGUUUGAAGCCCAACUCGGACACUUUUAUCGGCAUCUUUGCUCAGAACAGACCUGAGUGGAUUAUCGGUGAACAGGCCUGCUACACCUACUCCAUGGUAGCCGUUCCCCUGUACGACACCCUGGGUCCUGAAGCUCUUGUGUUCAUUAUCGACCGCGUGGAGAUCUCAACGGUGCUUUGUGACAAUCAAAGCAAAGCAGAAACACUGCUGCAGAACCGGGAGAAAGGCCAGACGCCGGUUCUCAAAACCAUCGUCAUCAUGGACCCGUUCGACUCCGAGUUGGUGGAGCGUGGAACCAAGUGUGGGGUUGACAUCGUGUCGAUGCGGGACUUGGAGGCUCUUGGGAAAAGUAAUCUUCAAAAGCCAAUUCCACCAAAGCCAGAAGACGUCAGUAUUGUUUGCUUCACCAGCGGCACAACAGGAAACCCCAAGGGAGCGAUGUUGACCCAUGAGAACGUGAUGUCAAAUGCUGCAGGUGUCAUCAAAACCUUUGAGGUGUCGGUUGUUCCAUCCACCCAGGAUGUCAGCAUUUCAUUCCUGCCUCUAGCACACAUGUUUGAGAGAGUGGUACAGACAGUGAUAUACAGUUUUGGAGCCAGAGUGGGAUUCUUCCAGGGAGACAUCCGACUUCUACCAGACGACAUGAAAACCCUCCAGCCGACCAUUUUCCCCGUCGUGCCUCGACUUCUCAACCGCGUCUACGACAAAGUUCAGAGUGGAGCAAAGUCGCCUUUCAAGAAAUGGCUGCUGAACUUUGCCGUGGAGAGGAAGUUUGCUGAAGUGAAGGAUGGCGUCAUCAGGAAGAACAGCAUAUGGGACAAACUCAUCUUCCACAAAGUGCAGGAGUCUCUGGGGGGACGAGUCCGGGUCAUGGUGACGGGAGCUGCUCCCAUAUCUCCCUCCGUGCUCAACUUCCUCAGAGCUUCUCUGGGCUGCCAGAUCUUUGAGGCGUACGGUCAGACGGAGUGCACAGCCGGCUGCACCUUCACGAUGCCCGGAGACGCCACCUCAGGACAUGUCGGGGUGCCGCUGCCUUGUAAUGUGGUGAAGUUGGUGGAUGUUGAAGAUAUGAACUACUUUGCUUCAAACGGAGAAGGAGAGGUCUGUAUCAAAGGUAGAAAUGUGUUCAAGGGGUACUUGAAGGACCCAGAGAAGACAGCAGAGGCCUUGGAUGCAGACGGUUGGCUCCACACUGGGGACAUUGGAAAAUGGCUCCCGAGUGGAGUUUUGAAGAUUAUCGACCGGAAGAAGAACAUCUUCAAGCUGGCUCAGGGGGAGUACAUCGCCCCGGAGAAGAUCGAGAAUGUGUACGUACGCAGUGGACCUGUGGCACAAGUGUUCGUGCACGGAGACAGUCUACAGUCCUGCCUGAUCGCCAUCGUGGUCCCGGACCCCGAGGUUCUGCCCGGUUUAGCAAAAAAUAUUGGGUGCCAAGGCUCCUUUGAAGAACUCUGCAAAAACACAGAAAUAAAGAAAGCCAUUCUCUCAGAUAUGACCAAACUUGGCAAAGAAGCAGGACUCAAGUCAUUUGAGCAGGUGAAGGACCUGCACCUCCACCCGGAGCAGUUCAGCAUCGAGAACGGCCUUUUAACUCCGACUCUAAAGGCCAAGAGGGCCGAGCUCAAAGCUCUCUUCCAGCCUCAGAUCGACAAACUGUACGCCAACCUCCAAUAA